GCAUUGGAUGGUGCGAGUCUCUCCUCGUUGUCGCCGAUGAAGAGGACUUCAUCUGAUGCUCUUAGUUGUCUAGUAGACCAACAACAGGAACAAGAACUUCUUCACCCUCCUGGUGGUGCACCCGCACUAGGAGCUACGAGCACAACAACUACAACUGAG